AUGGCAAAUCUGAAUCAUGAUGCAACAUCCUCAGAUAUUUUCUUCUAUGAUGUUUUUCUGAGUUUCAGAGGCGAACUCGGAAGCCGUUACGGAUUUACAGAUCAUCUCUAUAAUGCAUUGCGCCAAAAAGGAAUCUACACUUUCAGAGAUGACGAGGAGCUGAAGAUAGGGGCAGAAAUCAGACCUGCUCUUAUGAAAGCAAUCGAAAAUUCCAGAAUGUUAAUGGUUGUUCUCUGUCAAAACUACGCAUCUUCCACUUGGUGCCUUGAUGAACUUGCCAAGAUCGUUGACUGUCAUGAUAACAAAGGGAAACAAGUUCUUGUAAUUUUUUACAAAGUGGAACCAUCAGAUGUAUGGAACCAGAAAAAUUCUUAUGAAGCAGCCAUGAUUGAACAUGAAAAUAGAUUCGGACAAGACUCGGACAUGGUACAAGCAUGGAGGAAAGCUUUGUCCAGAGUACGCGAUCUAACCGGAGAACAUUGCAAGGACAAUAUGUAUGAACCUGAGCUUAUCAACAAGAUUGUUAAAGACGCCUCUGCUAAAUUACCACCUCUGCCUUUACCAAUUAAACACGUAGUUGGGCUUGAUUCUCGCUUUGAACAGGUGAAAUCAAGUAUAGAUAUUGAGUCUCGUGAUACCGUUUGCAUGCUGGAAAUUUAUGGAGGUGGUGGCAUAGGAAAAACCACAUUUGCAUUGGAUAUGUAUAACAAGAUCAGACAUCAUUUUGAAGCUGCAAGUUUUCUUGAUAAUGUCAGAGAAAAAUCAAACAAAAGCACUAAAGGCCUGGAAGAUCUCCAAAAGACACUUCUAUCUGAGAUGGGUGAGGAGACAGAAACAAUGAUGGGCAGUACAUUUCAAGGAGGCUUUGAAAUUAAACGCAGGCUUGGCCGUAAAAGAGUUCUUCUGAUUCUUGAUGAUGUUGAUUCCGUAAAACAAUUGGAAUCCCUGGCUGGAGGAGGUGAUUGGUUUGGUUCUGGUAGCAGGAUCAUUAUAACCACAAGGGAUAAAACGAUGAUAGAUAAGCAUGUUAUAGAUGAUGUUAUCAUUAAAAAAUAUAAAAUGGAGGAGCUAAAUGAUGAUGACUCUCUAGAACUCUUCUGUUGGCAUGCCUUUAAUAUGAGUGGACCUGCAGAAAACUAUGCAGGUGUUUCUAGUCGUGCAGUAAAUUAUGCAAAGGGUGUUCCGUUGGCUUUAAAAGUAAUAGGCUCCAAUUUGAAGGGUGGGAGCCUAGAGGAUUGGGAAAUGGAGUUGGACAAAUAUAAGAAUAUUCCAAAUGCUGAGAUCCAAGGUGUGCUUGAAAUAAGCUACAAUAGCUUGUCAGAGUUGGAUCAGAAAACUUUCUUGGACAUUGCUAGUUUUUUCAAAGGGGAGAGAUGGGAAUAUGUCAAAAGGUUACUAAAGGCUUGUGAUUUCUUCCCAAUUAUUCGAGUAUUUGUUAGUAAAUGUCUCAUAAUUAUUGAUGAAAAUGGCUGCUUGGAGAUGCAUGAUUUAAUACAAGACAUGGGUAGAGAGAUUGUUAGAAAGGAGUCACCAUUAAACCCUGGAGACCGCAGCAGAAUAUGGUAUCAUAAAGAGGUUCUUCAAGUGCUUACAGAAAACUCAGGAAGUAGUAGAGUUGAAGGAAUAAUGCUUGAUCCCCCAAGUCACGAAGAAGUAAAUCGUUGGAUUGAUACGGCCUUCGAGAAGAUGAAGAACCUUAGAAUUCUGAUUGUUCGGAAUACAGAAUUUUCAACUGGACCAAGUUAUUUACCAAAUAGUUUGCGGUUAGUUGAUUGGAAAGGGUACCCAUCACAGUCUCUUCCACCAAAUUUUUAUCCCCACAGAAUUGUUGAUUUCAAGUUACCUCAUAGUUCUCUGAUGUUUAAAAAGCCAUUUCAGAUAUUUGAGGAUUUGACAUUCAUCAAUCUCUCCCAGUGUCAAUCCAUAACUCAUAUACCUGAUGUGUCUGGAGCAAUAAAUUUAAGAGUAUUGACACUUGAUAGAUGCCAUAAAGUGGUAGGGUUUGAUAAAUCCUUUGGAUUUAUGCCUAACCUUGUGUCUUUAAGUGCUUCCGAAUGCAACAUGCUCAAAAGUUUUGUGCCGGAAAUGUAUUUGCCAUCUCUCGAGGUGCUUUCAUUUAACUUUUGCAGAAGACUUGAAAGCUUCCCACAUGUAAUGCAAAAGAUGGAUAAGCCGUUAAGGAUUCGCUUGGUAAAUACUGCUAUUAAGGAGCUUCCGAAGUCAAUUCGCAACCUUGCUGGGCUUGAAAAUGUAGACAUGUCAAUUUGCACAAGACUCAAGGAUCUAUCAAGUAGCUUCUUAUUGUUGCCUAAACUUGUCACGUUAACACUUGAUGGAUGUUCCCAAGUUGGAGAAUCAUUUAAAAGGUUCAAAGAGAGACAUUCAGUAGCAAAUGGCUGCCCAAGUUUGACGACACUGAAUCUAAGCGAGGCUAAUCUGUCAGAUGAUCAUCUUUAUGCGAUUUUUGAAAAUUUUCCAAAACUGGAAGACUUGAAUGUAUCAUACAACGAUUUUGUAUCUCUCCCAAAAUGCAUCAAAGGAUCUUUGCACUUGAAAAAUCUUGAUGUGAGCUAUUGCCGGAAUCUUAGAGUAAUUCCAGAACUUCCAUUAAAUAUUCAGAAAGUAGAGGCAAGAUAUUGUGGAUCGUUAACUACAAAGGCAUCAAGCUUGCUAUGGUCUAAGGUUUUUGGAGAGAAGGAAAGGAUACAAGUUGUGAUGCCAAAAGCGGAGAUUCCAAAUCUGUUUGACUUUGUUAGCAAUGAAGAAAUUCCGCUUUUCUGGGCUCGUAGGAAAUUCCCUGUUAUUGCUUUAGCAUUCAUGUUCGGGGAAGUCAGAGAGAAUGAAGAGAUACAGACACAGACACAGACAGACAUCGUCUCAGAACUGUUACCUGGAAUUAUGUCAGAUAAGUCCCACGUUGUUGGUCUCCACUUGUUUAUAGACGGCCAAGAAAUAAGUCGUAAAGACUACCAUUAUUGCAGCGUUGGAGAACAUCAUGUGUUACUGUGUGAUCUAAGUGUUUUGUUCAAUGAUGAAGAGCGGCAGGGUCUUGAUGCAUGUGUUGGAGAUGAAUGGAAGGCUGUUCAGGUUCAAAUUGAAUCAUGGUUGAAUCUGAGUCGUUGGGGAGUUUAUGUGUACAAAGAGAAAACAAAUACAGAGGAUAUCCGAUUCAGCCUCCCCAAAUCAAACUCCUCAGGAGACAACUACAUGCCAAUACCACCAACAGGUUUGGUUCCAAAAAGAACUCCUGGGAUGUCUAAGCAGAGGAUAAGAUACGUGUCAGAAAAUCUUAGUCCAAGAGAAAUAUUUGGCGAGUAUUUGCCUCUUUUAGAUUUAGAAGAAACUCCCUCUUUUACAAAGGCAUUAGUGAGGUCGUGGAGGAACACUAGGGCUGAUAUAAAAGGGGAAGCUUCAGCUUCAUCCUCUGCCUCUGCCUCUGCCUAUGGUGCAAGUUUAAUGCAAGAACACGAACAAUCUGGCUGGGAUGUGGUACGGGUCGCAGAGUUGAUGAAGGAGAAUAUGCCAAAACAUAUAGCUGAUGUGUUCUCUUCUGCGGACAUGCAAAGUGCACACCGAAUUAUUGAAGAAUUUUUGAAGGCACGGGUAGAGUUUAUAAAGGAAAAAGGCCAUGACAGGUUGGACAUUGAUAUGCCUAUUAUCCUAGAGGCGUGUCAUCAUCAUUCUGAUGAAGCUCCAAGCCGUCGCUACUGGGGGAAAUUGCAGAUAAAACACGGAGUUCCAACGUUCAAAGCAGUGUUGAGAAAGACAAGCCAACUUGCUUGGAGAUUUUUGAACAAAGAUACCUCUCAGGAGAGGAUGAACAUUGUUCUAUUGAGAUGUCAGCCUACAUCUACUGGUGAAGCUUCAAGCUCUAGCCAUGGGGAAUCCUUGGAGGAAGGGUACUACGAUCCUGUUUUGGAAGAAUUGUUGAGCACAAUAGAGGAAGAUGCUAUGCGGUUGAACAAAUCUUACGGGAAUUUGAAGGCAUCUAUUGUUCUAACUCAUGACAUGGUUUCCGACAAAUAUCUGAUGGAAACUUUAUUCCUCAGGGGACAUGAAAAUGUUGCACAAGGAAAUUCAGGAUUGGGAAACUUUGAAUUGGGAUUGUUGGGAUUGGGAAUGCUGGGAUUGGGAAUGUCAGGAUUGGGAGGGUUGCAAUCUAAUUUCAAGAAGACACCUUACGGGAAGUUGAGGGUGGAGUAG